CAUCUGGAAACGUUAAAAAAAAAGGGGGCAGACUCUACUUAGUCAUCAACGCCAGAGCACAACUGCUUGCAUUACAUUGCAAUGAGCUUCCUUUCGUUUUGCAGAAGAGGAGAAGAAGACGCGUACUAGGGAAGGCUGCACAGGAUUGAUCGGGGAUGCUACAAUUCUGUUCCUCUGCCCUAUCUCGCCUUUAGCGCCUUCUCGCCCGUUUUGUUUUAGCUAGAUCUGUCUGUACAUCUCUCGCACAGAAGACAAGCCCGUUAACUGGAGUGUUAAUACAGACUGAUGGUGUAGGAUUUUUCUUACCGUGUCAUAGAGAGGUAGUCACAGCUGUAGUUGCUAAUGGGACUGCUUGUUUUAACACAGAGGUGACAGAACGCAAUCUGGCAGUUUAUAAAGAGCGAGGUUUGGAAAAGUGCACCGAGAAACAGAACGUGGGAGAGAAGAGAGCUGAGAUGAACCACAGAGAAGGCUUUGGAUUUCAGGAGUGAGGUUUGGGUUUGAGUGUGCAGCAGUAGCAGCAGGAUUGGAACUCGCCUUCAAGAGUCUAUCAGUUUCCCAGGGACACGUACUCAGAGAGAAAAUCAACAGAAGGAUGUGGGAAGGCCUUGGUCUCCAGGUGUUUCUUAUGUGCUUGAGCGUGGCAGUUUGCAGCCAUGCAUCUGCACCUUUUGAGCACAGUCAUCACCGACGACUUUCAAUGCAAAGACACCGAGAAAGGGGAAAAGAGGGCCAGGUUCUCCACAGAUCCAAGAGAGGCUGGGUUUGGAAUCAGUUCUUUGUCAUCGAGGAGUACACCGGACCAGAUCCCGUACUAGUGGGCAGGCUGCAUUCAGAUGUUGAUGCUGGUGAUGGGACAAUCAAGUACAUCCUUUCAGGGGAAGGCGCAGGGACCAUUUUUGUUAUUGAUGACAAAACAGGAAAUAUCCAUGCUACAAAGACUCUAGACCGCGAGGAGCAAGCUCAGUACACAUUGACAGCCCAGGCAGUUGAUCGUGACACCAACAAGCCACUGGAGCCUCCCUCUGAGUUUAUUGUCAAGGUGCAGGACAUCAAUGACAACCCACCACAAUUCUUAUAUGGCCCCUAUCAUGCUACAGUACCUGAGAAUUCCAAUGUUGGUACUUCAGUAAUACAGGUAACAGCUUCUGAUGCAGAUGACCCCACCUAUGGAAAUAGUGCAAAAUUAGUGUACAGCAUAUUGGAGGGGCAGCCUUACUUCUCCGUUGAGCCACAGACAGGGAUUAUCAGGACAGCACUCCCCAACAUGGACAGAGAGGCACGUCAGGAAUUCAAUGUUGUUAUCCAAGCCAAGGACAUGGGUGGACAUAUGGGAGGCUUGUCAGGGACAACAAAAGUGACAAUCACUCUGACAGAUGUCAAUGACAACCCACCCAAGUUUCCUCAGAGUGUAUAUACUAUGUCUGUUUCGGAGAAUGCAGUUCCUGGUGAAGAGGUGGGCAGAAUUAAGGCAAAAGAUCCUGAUCUGGGAGAGAAUGGAUUGGUUUCAUAUCGCCUGAUUGAUGAGGAUAAGUUUGGCAAUUUUGAAAUCACUACUGAUUCCCAGACUCGGGAGGCUGUACUGAAACUCAGAAAGCCUGUAGACUAUGAGACCAAAAGGGAUUAUAUCCUUAGGGUGGAGGCAUCAAAUCUACACUUGGAUCCACGUUUUAUGAGCAACGGUCCAUACAAAGAUACAGCAACUGUAAAAGUUAAGGUGGAGGAUGCAAAUGAGCCCCCUGUUUUCAAACAUCCUAACUACAUCCUAGAGGUAGAAGAAAACUCUCCUGCUGGCACAGUCGUGGGACGUGUUCAUGCUGAAGACACAGAUGCUGCCAAAGUUCCUAUUAACUAUCUAAUUGAUCGCCACACUGACCUUGAGAAGUACUUCAGCAUUAAUUCUGAAGAUGGUAUCAUUAGGACAACGAGACCACUCGACCGAGAGCUCAUGCCUUGGCACAAUAUUUCUGUUACAGCCUUUGAAACUGAUUCACAUGACUUUGAACAAAAAGCCAAAGCUCAUGUUGCCAUUAAGGUUAAAGAUGUUAAUGACAAUGCCCCAGAAUUUGCCACCCAGUAUGAAACAUUUGUUUGUGAGAACACCCCAGCUGGUAAGCUUAUUCAGACAAUCAGUGCUGUGGACAAGGAUGAAAUGAGCAUCAGACAGCACCUACGUUUCAGUAUUGCUCCAGAGGCUAGUAACAACCAGAAUUUCACCCUUAGAAAUAACAGAGAUAACACAGCAAACAUCUAUUUGAGCCGUAAAGGCUUCAGCCGACAGACACAGGAUCUCUUUCUUCUGCCGAUUGAGAUCUCUGACAAUGGUAACCCCUCACUGAGCAGCACCAACACCUUGACUAUCCGUGUUUGUGGAUGUGACAGCGAUGGAACAGUGUUAUCUUGCAAUGCAGAGCCCCACAUCCUACCUGCAGGACUGAGCACUGGAGCCCUUAUUGCAAUCCUGGCAUGCAUUGUAAUAUUGCUAGUGAUAGUAGUCUUGUUUGUGGCUUUGAGGAGACAGAAGAAGGAGCCUCUCAUCGUGUUUGAGGAGGAGGAUGUGCGAGAGAACAUCAUCACCUAUGAUGAUGAGGGUGGAGGUGAGGAGGACACAGAGGCCUUCGACAUUGCGACGUUGCAAAACCCUGAUGGUGCCAAUGGCUUCUUGCCACGCAAAGACAUCAAGCCUGAGAUGCAGUACCCGCUCCGUCCUGGAGUGCGACCUGUGCCCAACAGCGUUGAUGUGGAUGAUUUUAUCAAGACUCGUAUCUCUGACGCAGAUAAUGACCCUACUGCACCCCCUUAUGACUCCAUCCAGAUCUAUGGCUAUGAAGGUCGAGGAUCCAUUGCUGGUUCUCUCAGCUCUCUCGAAUCAGCCACCACAGACUCAGACCUGGACUACGACUACCUCCAGAGCUGGGGCCCGAGAUUCAAGAAGCUUGCUGAUCUCUAUGGCACCAAAGACCCUGCCGAUAACGAUGACUCUUAACGGCUGGAAGGUUCCUUCAGUGCCCCUACAGGAAGCGUAGUCUUAGUUCACUAUAAGUAUACUACUAGUUCAUCUAUUUAUAGUAAACAAUUUUUUUCUCUUAAGUAUACUUGUAGUAUGCUACAUUCUGAUAAGGGGUCUGAAUUUGAACUUUCUAAGGGGAAGCCAAAAUAAGUAAAAAUGAAGAAAAAAAUAACCUCAGUGGGAUGUACUGAUAUGUAACAAACAAAUCUGAGACAUUGUGAUAACAUCAAAGAAAAGUUCAGUAUGUCACUUUUUAAGAUUAUGGUUAAUAUAGGCUCGGCUUUAAUGAAGCUUGCUGUGGGCGGAAUUCAAAUUGCAAAAGGAAAAGGAAUUGUUGAUACUGUGAAGGAGCUCACAAAGGAAAAAUGGUUGCCUUACAUAAAAAGAACAAACAGAAACAGAAAAAAACAGAAAAACAGAAUGAUAUUGAUCGCUUCUGCAGUACUUCCAUCAUGCAUAUGGAGUACCCUUUCAUUCUAAGAGUUUUCUUUCACCUGAAGUUGGAUUAAAAAGAAACUGGGACUAUUCCCAUUUUUUCUUCUUUUUAAAUUCAGAAGACAAAGUUCCCACUCCCACCAAAUAAAUUUUCAAUCACAAUGAACAAGCUGUGAGCUCAAAUAUCGCCUUAAAUAAUGGACUCUUCUGCAGCGCAGUGUAUUUUUUGUAACUUGAAAAAUAUUAUCCUGAAGCAAGCUUAAAUCCAUAUAACGUCUGUACAGUACAAUGUGCAAAUUAUGUCUCUUGAGGAUCAAACUUGCGCCUAUUGAUUCUUGUAAAUCUCCUUUUUUAUUAUAAUAAUUAUUGUUAUUUAGGUUUCUUUAUUUCUUUUUUUUCUCUCCUGGCAUACAUUAUACUCUCACGUAUGCUAGAGAGAAAAAAACAAGUCUGUCCUGUCGCAGUGAAAGACGCCUAAUUUCUAUGUCGAUUUUAUGGUACCUAUUUGUACAAUUUUAAAAGUUCUUAUUUUAGUAUACAUACAGAUAUCAGUAUUUCAACAUGUAAGAAAAUGUUACAACAUCACACUUAUAUUUUAUGAACAUUGUACUGUUGCUUUAAUAUGUGCUUCACUCUAAGAAGCAAAAACUUUUAAAUAAAUGCCCUUUUUAUAAAAAUAAUUUUACCGUGGUGCUAAUAAAUAUGUAGUAACAAGAUGAUUUCAUAUUUUUUUAGGUAUACUACAAAUCAAGUGUUUGUACCGUAUCCAGUGUCCUGUAUUGGUACAGUAUCCUGUAUUGUCCUGAACAAGUUGAAAGGAAUACAAUAAAAUGGCAUUAAUAUA